UAUCCAUUAUCUUUAAAGAUGUUCAAUCACAACUUACAUUUUUUGUUUACUAUUAUUCCUUUUUUAAUAAUUAUUUCCUCAAUCCAUGGAUGGGAGUUAGACGAGCCAUUUAUAGGCUCAUUGAGUUUUUAUAGUGAUCUACUAUAUGGUUGGUGUGUAACAAAACCGACUGAUUCAGAACAUGAUUUGUUAGUUGCUGUUAGCACGACACUAUUUAAAACAGGAAUAUUUCCAAGUCAAGAUCCACUUUGCCACGUUUGUCUUAAAGUUGAUUACAACGGGAAAUGUAUCACAGUCCCUGUCAGAGAUAUCUGCUAUCCAAAUGAAUGUUCUGCAACAGACGCUAAAUUGUCACAGCCUGCGUUUGAAAAGCUCGAAAGUUUGUCAGUUGGAAGCGUUCAAAAUGCUACAUUAACAUUUGUCAAAUGUGAUGGUGUGACAGAUGGAAACGAGAAAAAAGUAUAAAUAUAAGUAAUUGAAGAUGAAUAUGAAGAAUAAAAAUUAAAUUGAUAAAAGAUG